AUGUUGACGAAUGAGGGCGUAGGAUUUCACCCGGACUACGGUGAUGCGAUUGCCAUUGAACGGACAGUUAACUGGAACUCGUCAACUUAUCAGCUAAAAUCGAUCAGAUACAAUAAAGGUGGCCGUCACCAUGAACAAGUUGUGAGCCACAAAAAAGCUGAUUUGGAUAAAUUGUUGGCGCGAUUCUCAAUACAGUUGGAUAACCCGGUAUUUUGGAUGUCACAGAAUCGUUGUCGUGAAUUCCUUCAUGAGUUGCAGCCCAAUAAACUUUACAAGAUGUUCAUGCUAGCUACUGGCCUUGAUUUCUCGAAGAACUGUUAUGACGAAAGCGACACGAAUACAGAGGCAGCUGAGCAACUGGUACUUUCGGCUCGAGAAGCUUGUCAAGCCAAAAAAAAGUUUGUUUAUUUUUUCUGA